UAUAAGUGUCUUAUCAACCCACUAAUUACCAUACUUAUGGUAAAAUUUCCGAGAGUGAGAGAGAGAGGGGCUGUUUCACUUUUAUCUGUUAAGAUGGCGUGGCUGGCAAUGCUGAGCUUCGCGUACCCGCCACCGCAGUCGGUGUUCAUCACGGUGUUGACAGUGUUCAGCACGGUGGGGACGGCUAAUGCGGGUCUGUCAGAGUUGAGGGGGACGCACCUGAAGUACUCCAAGUUCUGGAGCAUCAACUCUCCAGCGAGGGAGGCGCGGCUUCAAAGCCGGACAGGCAUGCUCAUUAUCUACAUGCCGGCCAUCCUCCUUGGAGCCGCAUCCUUCUGGGUCUUUCCCGUCGGCAAUAGCAAGGACCUCCGCUUCCUCAUCCUCAGAGCCGCUCUUACCCUCCAUUUCUUAAAGAGGGUUCUUGAGGUUCUGUUCGUCCACAAGUUCAGCGGUUUAAUGGCCGUGGGCUCCAUGUCCGACAUCUCCCUAAGCUACUUCGUCUUCACCGCAAUCUCCAUCUACAUCCAGUACUUAUCCCGAGACCUCCCCAAGCCCAGGAUCGACCUGACCUAUCACGGGGUCGUGCUCUUCCUGACUGGGAUGGCGGGCAACUUCUACCACCAUCUUGUCCUGUCCAGGCUGCGGAAGUCGCAAGGUGAGAAGGAGUAUAAAAUCCCAAGUGGGGGGCUAUUCGAUUUGGUUACGUGCCCACAUUACCUCUUCGAGAUCAUUGAUUUUGUCGGACUUUCCUUCAUCUCUCAGACGAUUUACGUCUUUGCCUUCACUUGUGCCACAAUCAUUUACUUGAUGGCAAGGAGCUGUGUAACUAGGAGAUGGUACCUUUCCAAGUUUGAGGAUUUCCCUAGACGUGUCAAGGCCCUUGUCCCUUUUAUUUUCUAAUCACAUUCCAAAAGGGGGAACAGAUAAAUAAUAUAUGUGAUUGUAUGUAUGUUUUAUUUUAUAAGUGGUAAUUUUUUUUC